GAGAAAAAUCUGGUGUCCAAAGGAUUUUCAGAAUUCGUCCUGUCAAGUCCAAACGGGCCCUUAAAGCUGAACAGUUUGUUUGCAUUCAAGAAUCCCCACUCCACUUCCAUCAAUCCAGAGAAGAUUCAGCUGUUACCUGCAGACACCACACCAAGCUGUUGUCAGAUGAUUAUGGGAAACACAGGGGUUGACAUUGAGAUGGAAUUAAUCGGGGAAGAUGAGAGGACAGUAUGGAAAUCAGUGGUAUCAAAAGAUGUAUACAGCAAAGACUCUCAUCCAACAACAUUAAUACUCAUUGGGAUUCCUGCUGAGGAGUUUCUUCAGAAUCACAGGGCUAUACUCAUUCAGGGAGUCAAAAACGCAAAGCCAAUAGCAGAUGUUCUGCGGUCGAAGGGCAUGAUUGGUGAUGAAGAGUACUCCAGAAUAAAAGCUGAAACAACUGAACAGGACCGAAUGAGAGAACUACUGAAUGCAGUCCUCCCUAAAGGACCAGAAGUGACGGGAGCUUGUCUCAAAGCUCUCAUUGAACAUGAACACCAUCUUGUUAAGUACUUGAGUGAAUCUAGCACAUAAUCUGAAGAUGCUGAGGCCUGUCUCCUAGUCUGUGGACAAAGACACUUCUUCACCUAAUCUGAAGAUGUUGAGGCCUGUCUCCUAGUCUGUGGACAGACACUUAUUCACCUAAUCUGAAGAUGCUGAGGCCUGUCUCCUAGUCUGUGGACAAAGACACUUAAAUGAUUGUAAGGGAAAUGUUUAUGUUUGUGCUAUUCUUUUAACAAAUGUCUGUGUUUUAUUCAUGUGCUGUUCUAUAAAAUAAUUUGUGUGUUCAUCAAGUGGCUGACUGUACAAAUCCUCACUAUCAGUAGCUAUAAUUUGGCAGUAAGCCCAGACGUUAUUUUGAGAAGGAGAUCUCAGUUUCAAGGUCUCAGCUUAGAGAGAAGAAGCCUGGUGAGGUGUUGGUCUGUUAAAUGUUAUGAACCAGUAUUGGUCUGUUAAAUGCUAUGAACCAGUAUUGGUCUGUUAAAUGUUAUGAACCAGUACUGGUCGGUCACAUGAAUGGAACAAAACGGUAAUGAUUCAUUAAUUAUGCUAUAUCAUGCAAAUAUAACUUGUCUGUGGAUAGCCUUAUAUAAGACAACUGCUGGGUCUGACCAGGGAGAGAUCCUGAUUGACAUGUGUUCUAUGGUACAUUGAGUUGGGUCUGACCAGGGAGAG